GACGAAUUGGGCGGUAUCUAGGCUGGAGACCAAGGCUCUGGAGCGACCAGAAGCGAGGCUCGGACUAGGAAUUUAAGCUUUGGGUCUGGUCGCCAGCAGGGGACUUUGUGCAGCUGCCUGUGCCCAUCAUCCAGCAGCUUAUACCAUUGGGACUGUGGCCUGGCCUGCUCCAGGAUGGUGCUUCGGUACCUGGGCCAGCUAGACGAUGGGGAAUUUGAAAAUGCCCUGCAGGAGCUGCAGCUGACCAGGAGCAUCUGGACCAUCGACCUGGCCUACCUGAUGUGCCACUUUGGUGUGAGACACCGCUUUUGUACCCAGACUCUGGGUGUUAACAAGGGUUACAAGAACCAUUCCUUCUAUAGGAAGCACUUUGACACGGAGGAGACCCGGGUGAACCAGCUGUUUGCACAAGCCAAGACCUGCAAAGUGCGAGUGGAGAAAUGCACCGUGAGUGUGCAGGACCUCCAGGCACACCUGGCACAGGGCCACGUGGCCAUCGUGUUGGUGAACUCCGGGGUGCUGCACUGUGACCUGUGCUCCAGCCUUGUCAAGUACUGCUGCUUUACUCCCAGUGGCCACCGCUGCUUCUGCCGGACCCCUGACUACCAGGGCCACUUCAUCGUUCUGCGUGGCUACAACAGGGCGACCAGCUGCAUCUUCUAUAACAACCCAGCCUAUGCUGACCGAAUGUGCAGCACCAGCAUCAGUAACUUUGAGGAGGCCAGAACCAGCUAUGGCACCGAUGAGGACAUCCUCUUUGUCUACCUGGACAGCUGAGAGCAGGAGCCUGGCGUGUUAGGUCCUCAGACCCUCCCUAUGUCCGACCCGAGCCAGACCCACUCAGGAUGCCCCCACUCAGGGCUGCUGGGGCUGAGGUUCAGAAAUGUAGUCUCGGCCCGUUGAACAAAGCCCUUGGGAACUUGGUGACUGCUCUGUCCACCAGUGUCAUCCUGCCACUUACCCCAAACGCCUUCUCGUUGCUAGAGACAACCCAAGAGCACCUAAGGAGAGGAUCUCUCAAGACCCUAAGUCUGACGCCAGCUGUGCCCAGAGGAAGCCCUAAAGUCUGAGCGCAGCUACACCGAGGCAAGGGGAGAGGCAGGAUCCCCGAGAGAGCAGCGUGUUUGGGGAGAGCACCUCCAAAUGCAGACUUUGGCUCUAAGCUCCAUGGUGGAUGGCGUCACUGCCCUCUCCUGCCUCCAAAGGACUCAGGACUUUGGGACUGAUCACGAGGCCUUGUUACCAUGCAGCAUAAGCAUACCUUAUAGCCACUCUGAGGCUUUCUGACCCCUGGGAUGCUGACACCUUCUUAGCGUCUAGGUACCCUCCUGUAGAAUGGAAAGCCUUCAGGAGUGGGCAGGGCCAAAUGGAUGACAGUAGAGAGAAUGUUCCAGGAAGAGGGAGCUGACAAGAGACUCCCCAGAGAGCCC